GACGAUUCUUCACGAAUGUUUGCCGAAAGAUACAUUCACAGUCUGACGCGUAGAUUAGAAGCAAAAAUUUGAGAUUUCUGCGUGGAUUUUAUGUGAAAAAAUGGGGCAGAACACGAGUAUUCCGGACCAAUUGAUGCACAAUAAAGUAGUGAAUAACGUACACCUGGAGAUUGUGAAGCACGCGAAGGUUCUAACGGAAAUAAGUCAACUUUCCUACGACGAUUUCCAAGAAUGCGUUCGAGAUCUCAAUGAAUUGUCCAGGAAGUGCGUGGAUUCCCAGGGAAAUCAGCUGGUGUUUGCAGUGAAACGUGGCACGGAUUCAUCGGUCCUGUGGAAGGCAACAGUGCAAAUUGCAUGCGUUAAGGUGGAAGUUCAGAGCCGGCAGAUUGAGAGCUACAAACUCCUCAAUCUCAAGGAAUUCCUCACGGUCUUCCGGACGUUUCAAGCACACGUGGAAACCCUGAUAACCCUGGAAGAUCGUGAGGAGCGCAUGCGAACAGCAUCGAUGAUAAUGCACGAAGUGGAGACAAUCACACAUCCGGAAGCAUCCAGCGGCGGGGAAUCGGCGAACGCCAGCAGCACUGAUGUCACAGAAUGCUGCAUUUGCCUCGAUAGGAAGCCCGAAGUGCUCCUUCCGUGUGCUCACACCUACUGCUGCCCCUGCAUUGAGCAGUGGAAUGUAAACAACAAGUUCUGCCCCAUCUGCCAGGAGGAGCUCUCCAGCACGGAUGAUACGUGGGUUCUAUCCGAGAUUCCCCCAUCGCAGGAAGUCUCUGAGCAAAUCUGCACGGAACUCAUGAAGCUAUCGAAGGAAUCCAAGUGAGAACACGAGCCAGCGGGGACAUCAUCCCUCGCUAGAUCACCUCCAUUGUCCCAGGAUCCUCCUUCUUAGUGAUAACGCCUUGUAAGGUAAAGAAAAAACAUUUUUUUUAGCCUUCUAAGUUUUUUUUUUUUGAUUUUGUGGAAAAUGUUUCUAUUUUAUAAAAAAAAGAUUUUUCCGUAAUUAGGGGAGAUUAGGGCUAAAAGAAAAGUCCAAAAUUGUUAUUUCCCAGCGAGGUCAUUUAGCCGUGACACUCUGAUCGAAUUAGAACAUUUCUAAACCCUUUAGUUUAGACCCUAUAGUCAAGACACAAUUCUUUUGCUAUAAAAGAAUCAAUUUUCCACAAAAUCAUUCCUGUAAUUUGGAUAAUUGUUGUGAUUGAUAAAGCCAAAGGAAAAACUAUAAUUCCACAUUUUGUAGGGAUGCAAUUCUGGAUGAAAGUUCUCUAAGCUUUUAUUGAAUAAGGAGAAAAAUUGUUAAAAAUAAAUUUCAUUUGUCAAGUUUUC